AUGGCGUCCAUCUGCCGUCUCGCUCGAACACUCCGGUCGUGCCGUACGAUCUCAUCCGCCAAAAUUAUAAACCCUCGUCCUCCGUCCUCCGCGUCUCGUUUCGCAUCAGUCUUCAAUCGGAGUUUUAAGCACCAUGAAGCGUAUGGAUCCGAAGGUCUGAUACCAGAUAGAGUGCGUCAACUUUCUUUUCACGCGGUAUUAGCUGGAUUCCUCGGAUUUGGGCUGUUAGAUGUAGCCUUAGCUGAUAGUAAUGAGCCAACUGCUAAAUUUCCACCUCCGCUUGAAUCCACUGCUACUCCACCAAUGAAGUCUCCUCCUGUCUCAAGUCAUCAUGACCUGGAAGAAAUCGCGAGGAAGGAUAAAGCUCGACUAGAAGAGUUUCUUAAGAAUAAAGGAGCCCGAUUUGGUUCAUAUCCUCGAUUUACAGUUUCUGUAAAGGGACAAAAGGUGACAAUCAAGUUUGUAGUUCCUCCAUCUUGUGAAAUCCCACUAUUAAUUACAAAUCUUGUCUCACGCCUCGGAGUCAAGGCUGAAGACAAUGGUGUUGGAUCAGACAUGGCACUGCGUGCUUGGGACAGUGGGGUUGCCUGGCAACUAACACUCAGUUGUCCAAAAGCACCAAAAAGUACCAGUGGAGAUCGAGAUCAAACAAAUGAUAAAACCGAAAAUGAUGAGUUAUGCAUUCUCAUGUUUCGUCCGCUCAUUAGUUCCGAGAAAGCUGAAAUUGAAUUCAUGAAGCCGGGGAGUUUUACUUCGGAGGAGCUUGAUGCUUUGGCAUCCAUAUUAAUGUUAGCAGGACAGCCAAAAGGCUUGGAAUUAAGACCAAAGGGUGAUGCUGCAAAGGUACCAGCAAAGGACAAAACAAUUGCUAGUCUAGAGGGGAUGGGUGUCAAGAUUUAUGGCCUUCAACAAUUAGAUGCAGAACAGCCAAAAGCUGAUAUCACCUGGGAAAAUAUUGCUGGCUAUGAUGAGCAGAAACGACCACGUGCCGUGCUUUUUGAAGGCCCACCAGGUACAGGUAAAACAUCUUGUGCUCGAGUAAUUGCUAAUCAAACGGGGGUCCCCAUGUUAUAUGUCCCUUUGGAGGUUAUCAUGUCUAAGUACUACGGUGAAAGCGAGCGUUUGUUGGGGAAAGUUUUCUCACUUGCCAAUGAAAUCGCUGAUGGCGCAAUUGUUUUCCUAGAUGAGGUUGAUUCUGUUGCUACAGCUCGUGAUAGUGAAACGCAUGAAGCCACACGUAGGCUCUUAUCGGUUUUGUUGCGACAGAUUGAUGGAUUCGAGCAGGAGAAGAAAGUAGUGGUUAUUGCUGCUACCAAUAGGAAGCAGGACCUCGAUCCAGCUUUGCUUAGCCGGUUUGAUUCGAUGAUCACUUUUGACCUACCUGACCAUCAGACUCGAGCAGCAAUAGUGGCUCAGUAUGCAAAGCACCUGAAAAAAUCCGAAACGAUCGAACUUGCCUCUGUUACUGAAGGAAUGUCGGGUCGUGAUAUAAGGGAUGUGUGCCAGCAAGCAGAAAGACACUGGGCUUCAAAGAUCAUUCGAGGACAAGCAGAGAAAAACGAAGAACAGAACUCGCUCCCUCCUCUGCGCGAAUACACCGAAAGUGCUUUGAAAAGACGAGCAGCUAUGCUCGGUGCUGCAAAUCAGAUGCGGAACGCUAACCCUCUUUCGAGGAAGUCCCAGCUUGAUUUUCUAUGA